UUCUCAGCAUUUGACGGAUGGAAAAUAGAAAAUCAGCAAAUUGAUUGGUUUAAAACCUUAAAGGGCCCAAAAUGUGAAGUGGAUAAAAUGAUAGUAGCCAAACGUGUCCUUUUUCUCAUCCAAAUAAAAAUUGCUUCUUUAUUGCUGCGUUGCAGAGUCGCGCCAUUGCUGCUAACUGCAGACUCUACAGUGUAAUCUCAUAAAUGAGAAUUUGAUCUGAAAAACCACAAGGAAUUGUCGCUUUAUUAUGUGUGGAUGUUAGCUUUUGCUUGUCGAAAAUCUCUAAGAGCUUUCCAUCUGGAGGAAAUAUAGUUCUUAAUACAGACUCAUGCAAAGACUAAGCAUUCUUGAUUGGCAGUGUAACUUGAGUUUUCGAAACACAAAUCUACUAGAUGGUGAAUCAGCCCAUACAUUGCUUCACUCAUUUUCCUGUAGAAGAGGCAGUGAAUCAUAUAAUCCGAAGACAAGAUUUUGUCCAAAACUUAGACAUGCAGAUCCGAAUGUCACACUUCAAAGUCUAGUGCGCCAAUGCUCAGAAAUUCAGAGCACGGUUCAUGACAACAUUGAUGAACUACUUGACGAAGAGGACGAGUUAUGUCCUGUUGAAUGUGUAAGAGAAUUUAAGACUGAUGAGGAAUUCUCCAUGAUAUUGGAAAAGGCGAAAAAGGCUGGUUCUUUGGUUGUGGUAGACUUCUUUCGCACCGCCUGUGGAAGCUGCAAGUACAUAGAGCAGGGGUUUCAAAAAUUAUGCAGGGGAGCUGGUGAUGAUCAAGCACUAGUUAUCUUCUUAAAACACAAUGUGAUCGAUGAGUAUGAUGAACAAUCUGAGGUUGCUGAACGACUGCGAAUCAAGACAGUACCUCUUUUUCACUUUUAUAAAAAUGGAGUGUUAUUGGAAGCUUUUCCCACCAGAGACAAAGAAAGGAUACUUGCAGCUAUUCUUAAAUACUCGGCUCCAGCUUCCGCGGAUGCUUGAAUUGGUCUGGUUUGCACUUGCUUCUACAGAAUGUUAGUGCUUCUGUAUAAUCAUUCUUGGUGCUCAGCACACAUUGAAACAAUUUCUUCGUUACCACAUCUGUAUUAUAAUAUCUUUCUACUUGUUGUUCUACUUAAAUAAGCAUCUAUACUGGAUACUCUUGUA